CGCAAGUGAAGUGUUCCCCGAAGGGGAGAACGACAAAGAGAUGGCGUCAGAGGAGUGUAGAGCCUGCUGAAGUCCCGAAGCAGCGGUUCGACUCAUAGCUUUGCCGACGGUGGAUGACAGUGGUGGUGUUCAGGUGAGCAAGGCCAGGCAAGGCACGUGAAUCAGCACGUGAAUCAUGGCGCAAUCAUCAUUUGCAUGGGCUAUCUAUGUGUUUUGUGCAGAUCGGCGCAAUGGGGAUGCAGCAGCAACAGGCGAUGCUGGCGCAGUUAGAGGCCUACCUCGUCCAUCAGCAGAAGGUAGCCAAGCACAACACACUCACCCGGCCCGCUCAUCCAUCCAUCCAUCCAUCCAUCCAUGUCGCCCAUCGGUUUUUCGGCUGCUUGUGUUGCUUGUGUGUGUUUGGUGUGCAGGUCAACAGUGGCAUCGACCAGCUCCUACAGAGCAACACUGCUGCAGUUACCACACAUGGUGCGGCCAGACUGCCAACCACAGCACACAGCGGCCGCUGUGUGUCAUGGUCUCUCGUGUGCCUCGUUCGUUCGUCAGAUGGUGGCCAAGGUGACUCGCCUUGCGGCGGCUGCAUCGGCCUGUCUGGCCCAGCUGGCGGAUAGCAUCGCACUCACAAGACAUACGCCUAGACAGGUGAGUGAGAGACCACACAAUGACAUACACACAAAUAUACCCACACACACGCACACACACGGCUGCGUGUGUCGUCCGUGUCAUCAGGAUGACCUGACUGACAUUCCCCCCGACGCCAUGAUGACCAUCAUCGAACUGUCUGACGUCACCAGCAUCGCCCGCCUCAAAGCCAUAGCCCGCCACUUCAGAAACGCCCUGCGGCCCAUCAGCCGCAAUAUUCGGCUGCGGAAGGCCAUCGAGCGGGCGGGGGUGGGCGGUGUGGUGCAGUUCGACGGUCAGCUGAGCCACGGCGAUGUGUUGAAGGCCAUGUGGGUGAUGGAGGAGGGGGGCGAGGGCGGCUGGGGGGAGGCGGCGGACACACUCAGACUCUCCGAGCAUCUCGGCUAUUGCCAGCUGCCGGUCACUGUGGGCGCCGGAGAUCUGCAGACACACCCCACCAAGGCGGUAAGCACCACACACAGAAGAGGCAAUGGGUGAGCUGCUGGAUGUGUGUGUGUGUGUGGUCUUCAUUCAGGACUUCUUGUCGCUGCCCCGUUUCUGUGCGCAGUGGAUGCUCGUCGGCCGCCGUGUGGCCCUCCGUCGCCCCAACGGCCAGCAUGACGGCACACUCGAGCUGUUCCGCCACAACCGUGAAAUUCGCGCCAUCCGCAAUGGGCCCAACUUCGCCAUCGUCAUCAACCCGCCCCUCCCCCACCCCACCCGCCCCAUCCAUCCCUUCUCACAGCACCCCUUCCAGCAACACGCCAAGCCCCACGACCCGCCAGCCCGCUGCCGCAUUGGGUGGCAGAAUGGUGUGGGCUGGACGACGGUCGGUGCCAACCAUAGGCAGGUUAAAGCAUCAGCGAGUUCCCUUCUGAAGCAGCGGAUGCUGCUUCACCGGAGGACGGCUGUGGGCGGCAUCUCCAACUCGCCAACGGUGGUGGUAGACCGGUGAGUGAAUGACGAUGGAUGGCACGCCUCGCUAUGUGUCAAACGUGUGUGCAUGUCAGGCGCGUGCGUGGUGGUUAUUUGGAUCGCAUCGUGACCCAAUUUCCUGACACGCCCCUCGACGGAUGCUCAGAUGUGGUGGCAUAUGAGAUGGUCGGUGGGGGGUGUGGGCAGUCGCAUGUGCUGACCUCGUCCGAUGACCCCUUCAUCGCAUGGAUUGCCUUCCGCACCCCUCCAGGCGACAACGACCAGAACGGUACGCUUGCACUUCAACAACACCGUGUGUUGUCAUCGUGCUGUCGUGGUGUCUGAUUCUGUGCUCAUGGCUGCGUGCAGUGAGCAUCAUCAUCCGUACCAGCGAAGCGCCAGCAGCAGGGGUGGCCAAUGAUCCUCCUGACGGCAACCAAGGCCCGCCGCGUCCUCGGCCCCAUCGCAGCUAUCGUCUUCGACGGCCAGGCACCGUAGACCAUGAAGGUGAGAGCCACAUACAUGAUGCAGAGGACCUGAUGUGUGUGUGCAUUGUGUGUUUGCUGGUGUGUGUUCUGCAGGCUGGCUGGAUGACGUCAAGCGAGGACACACAAGUAGCUGACUGUCUGGCGGGGAGCGGGCGAGCGGAGUGGGUGUUUGGCUGCACGUCUGCGUUUCGACAAACAAUGAGUGGGAAUGACAGGUGCAUGUAUGUGAAAUGUCAAAGAGAUGCGCACGCA